CCUUCCUGACGACUAGCUAAAACUACGAUGAGCGGAAAAGGGACACCACACAGGGCAAAGGGUCCUCCAAGUACGGUGAAGGAUGCAAAAAUAACUCCUUCUGUCAGUUCCAAAAGAAAACUCGAAAAGAAACCGAGUGAAGAAAAACGUAGGCCUACUAGCGUGGAUCUGAAACACAAGACUGAAGGGAUAACUCCGGUGGCACAAGUAAUGAGCGCGGAUAAGAUCAAAAAGACAACCCGUGUUGCCAAAUGUGCAGGAGACUGCGAUGCCCAAGUUCCUAGCGCAAUACUUCGUUCGACCCUUGAGAAACUGAAGAUCAAGAUGGCAGAUAAAUCCGAGAGCGCACGUAAAGUCAAUGACAUUAUAAAUCACAUCAUGGAUCAUAUGAAAACAAAUACGGAAUGUUUCAGAGAAGUAAAAGACCUGCGUACUGGAAGUUACUAUGAGAAUUUGAAGAUCUCCAAUCCCGACGAAUUUGACGUGAUGCUGACGGUUCCAGUCACACGGGUAGCUGUUAAAAAGUUUGGAGAUGAUGGAGCAUUUUAUAGCGCGGCAUUGAAACGCGGGAAGCACCCACUGAAUCGAUUUAUGCAUGAAGACGAUACAAUUUCAGCCUUUAACAUGCUGAAAGAGUUCAGAAAGGAGGUUAAGGCGUGUGUGAAAUCAAUCAAGGACGUGGAUGUAGAAAAGAAAAAAAAGGGUUGCCCGGCCGUGACUUUACAGAUAACGGGGACGAAAACGGCUAUAUCCCUCGACGUUGUUUUAAGUCUUGAAGUCCAGACUAGCUGGCCUUUAUUCACCAAUGGCGGCUUCCGUAUUGAUGGAUGGCUCGGGACCAAAGUAAAACUAAAUGACAAACAAAAGGAACCUUACUAUCUUGUUCCCAAGUAUGAGGGAAAAGGCACCGUGGAACGAGAGGGCAUCGUUGCCAAAGAUGCGUGGCGCAUUUCCUUUUCACACGUGGAGAAAUCCAUCCUGAAGAACCAUGGAUCCCAGAAGACCUGCUGCGAGGCGGGAGGGACUCACUGCUGCAGAAAAGAUUGUCUGAAACUGCUGAAGCACCUGUUGAGCCUCUUGAAAGAGAAACAGCCUUCACUGUCCAAGUUCUGCUCCUACCACGCCAAGACCACUCUCCUCCACGCCUGCUGCACCAGGACCAGGGACAGCGAGUGGGAGGCCAGCACCUUGAGUCACUGCUUCCAGUUGUUGUUGGAAGACUUCGAGCGCCAUCUGAAGGACAGAAACCUCCCCAACUUCUUCAUCCCCACCCAGAACCUGCUAACUGGUACCGACCGCAAGAGCUGUGAAAUGCUGGCCCGGUGUAUUUCUGAGGAACGCAAUAACGGCUUCCCAAUCUUCCACGUGUGAGAAUUCAAGUGGAGUUACAUUUAAAGAUUGCCAAUUAUGUAUAAGAUUGUAAUGAAGAGUUCUUCAUUCUAAUCUGUUGUUUAAAUAUAUGUUUUAACUACAAUAGAAAUAAGUAAAAUCCU